GGCGCCUCUCUGCUUUGCCUUCGGAGUACCGGGCCGUGAGUGCUCUCUGUGGGAGCCAAUCAGCGGCAAGCAUGGGGCCUUGACCCAGAGGCGGUGGCGCUGGUAUCCGCACUGGCACCGCCCCUCCCAGCACAGGCCCGAGAGAAGAAUCCCGGGCUAUGAGCCUGAAGAGGCAUCGCUUGAUCCCGGAGAGCUUCGGCUUGAAGAGGCGGCGGGAGCGAGGGCCUGUAGAAGCGGAUCCUCUGAGGGGCGAGUCAGGGUCGGCGCGCGAGGCCGUGGCCGAGCUGGUGCAGCUGUUUCCGCGAGGCCUGUUCGAGGAUGCUCUCCCGCCCAUCGUGCUGAGGAGCCAAGUGUACAGCCUCCUGCCCGACCGGACGGUGGCCGACCGGCAGCUGAAGGAGCUUCAAGAGCAGGGGGAGAUCAGGAUCAUCCAGCUGGGCUUUGACUUGGAUGCCCAUGGGAUUGUCUUCACUGAGGACUACAAGACCAGAGUCCUCAAGGCCUGCGAAGGCCGACCGUAUGCUGGGGCAGUGCAGAAGUUUCUGACUUCAGUGCUUCCAUCCCGUGGGGACCUUAGUUUCCAGCAGGAGCAAAUGACACAGACCUUUGGCUUCAGGGACCCAGAGAUCACGCAUCUGGUGAACGCUGGAGUCCUCACUGUCCGCGAUGCUGGGAGCUGGUGGCUGGCUGUGCCUGGAGCUGGGAGAUUCAUCAAGUACUUUGUUAAAGGACGCCAGGCUGUCCUUGGCAUGAUCCGGAAAACCAAGUACCGGGAGCUGCUCCUGUCGGAGCUCCUGGGCCGGCGGGCGCCUGCUGCCGUGCGGCUUGGCCUUGCCUACCACGUGCAUGACCUCAUCGGGGCCCAGCUGGUGGACUGUGUUGCCACUACCUCUGGAACUCUCCUCCACCUGCCAGACACGUGAGGAUCUGCUCGUCAUUGCGCACCUCCUCAGAAUGGGGCAACGGUGGCCUGGGCGUGCUGCCCAAGGGUGACUGAGUCAGGAUUACCUUGGAAAACUUGGGAGCCAGGAUGAGUGAUGGGCUCUCUUAUUGGUUUAAAGGGUCAGGUGGGACUGCUGCUGUUUGCUUGGGCGCCAACCCAGCAGGGCAAUUUGGGUAAUACUUCUUUGCCCUUCCAUGAAAGUGGAGGCAGAGCCGUGCCGAGGCUGUGGCUGCUGCCUAGCAUGUAGAAGGUGCUGUUGUUACCUUGUCUGGGGACAGGAAGGUGGGCUUGCCGGGAGGCUGGGGCAGGGCAGGGUUCUCUUCCCUCUUUGUUGAGUUGAAAGAGCCAAAUAAAGUACUUUUGCCUGUGA